AUGGGUUUCGCUGACGAUCAAGUGAUUUGCUUACAAACACAGCUAACGUGGCCAGUGUUGGAAGAAGCAGCGAAGAAAAUAGGUCUUGAAAUAAAUACUGAGAAAACAAAGAUAAUGGAACUCAUUGAUAGUGGGAAGGACCCCAAUGAGAUGGAGGAUUUAAACUAUAAAAAAGUAAGUGAUUUUAAAUAUUUGGGAGCGACGUUAAGCACAAAGAAUGACUGGUCAAAGGAAAUAAGUAUUCAGAUAAAUAAAGCCCAAAAAGCGGUCUUCUCACUGACAAAAUUCUUUACAUCAAGGAAAACAAAAGUAAUAUUGUAUGUGGCUAUUAUACUCUCAUGUAUGAUUGCAAAGCUUGGACGACGACCAAACAAACAGAGAGAAACCUGA